UUCAAAUAUGGCGACUUAGUUGAACUGUCCACGCUGGUUUGUUGACAUAUUUUUAAWACUCAUAUUUAAAACGUGUUAGUGGAUUUACAGCUGCCACAGCCAUGUCAAGACUCAUCGUUAAAAACCUUCCCAACGGGAUGAAGGAGGAAAGGUUCAGGUCGAUGUUCGCUGCCUUUGGCACCGUGACAGACUGCUCUCUGAAGUUCACCAAAGAAGGGAAGUUCCGAAAGUUCGGCUUUGUUGGGUUUAAAUCCGAGGAAGACGCGAGCAGAGCGCUGACACAUUUCAACAAGAGCUUCGUGGACACAUCCAGAGUGACGGUGGAAAUGUGUAAAGCAUUUGGAGACCCCACUAAAGGGAAAUCCUGGAGUAAACACACCCAGAAAUCAGAGCAGGACAAUCCUCCAGUUCCUUCAAAAGCCACUGACAAUAAAAAGAAAAAUAAACAGAAAGAUGAAGCCAACAGUGCUCUGGGAAAACUGGAGGAGGAGGAAGGUUUUAAGGAGUUUCUGUCGGUGCAUCAGAACCGCAGCCAAGCUCCAACCUGGGCCAACGACAUGGCUCAGGAAACUGCUGGUCCUGGCAGCAGACAGACAAAAAGCAAGAAGCCGGCUUCUGAUGAUUAUCUUAACUUUGACUCUGAGGAAUCAGAGGAUGAAGACAAGGAUGAUGAUGACAGUGAAGCUGCGUCUCAGGAAGCAGUGCAGUCUGGUUUGUCAGAUAUGGACUACCUGCGCUCAAAGGUGGUACAAACACGAGACGCAGAGGAGAAUGAUGAAGGUGAUGAAGAGGAGGAGAAGGAAGCUCAGGCUAAGYAUGCAGACAGCGCCUACGAGAGCAGUGAAAACGUCUCACUGGCAAAAACCUCCCCUGCAGAGAAGAGACCGAGCAAAGUGAAAAAAAGUGCCAAACAGGAGAUGGAGCCCACGACGGAGUUCACAGUAAAGCUCAGAGGAGUCCCGUUCACUGUUAAAGAACAACAGAUUCGAGAGUUCAUGACGCCCCUGAAGCCUGCAGCAGUCAGGAUUGGAAGGAAUGAAAGUGGAAACAGAACAGGUUAUGUUUAUGUGGACCUGCACUCACGGGAAGAGGUGGAAAAAGCUUUGAAGAAGAAUAAAGACUAUAUAGGGGGACGUUACAUUGAGAUUUUCUGUGUUGAUUCUUCUUGGCGAAAGCAAAAGAUGGACAAAAAGGGUAAAGAAAUUGACAGAAACUUCACCAGGAAGCUGAAGGAGGAUGAGGAGGAGGAGGAUGUUUCUGAGUCCGGUCGACUCUUCGUCAGAAACCUUCCGUACACCUGCACAGAGGAAGAGUUCAAAGAGCUUUUCACUAAACACGGUCCUUUAUCUGAGGUGCUGUUUCCCAUUGACAACCAAACAAAGAAACCUAAAGGAUUUGCAUUUGUUGCCUACAUGAUACCAGAAAAUGCAGUGAGAGCUCUGGCUGAGUUAGACGGUCACAUAUUUCAGGGCAGAAUGCUUCACGUUCUUCCCUCCACCGUGAAGAAGGACAAAUCUGAAUCCUCGGAUGCUGGUGGUCCAGGCUCCUCYUCAUUCAAACGACAAAAAGAUGAGAAAAAUAAAGCUUCAAGUUCCAGCUCGCACAACUGGAACACUUUGUUUCUGGGCACGAGUGCGGUGGCAGACGCCAUUGCUGAGAAAUACAACACAACCAAAAGCCAAGUUCUGGACCACGAGUCAAAGGGAAGUCUUGCAGUCAGGGUGGCUCUGGGAGAAACUCAGAUUGUCGAGGAGACGCGACAGUUCCUGCUGGACAACAGUGUCUSUUUGGACUCUUUUAGUCAGGCAGCAGCAGCGAGGAGUACAACCGUGAUCCUGGUCAAAAACCUCCCCGCCGGAGUGACGGCAUCAGAGCUCGAAGAACUCUUCUCGCCUCACGGCUCUUUAGGGCGAGUGCUGCUGCCGCCUUCUGGACUCACCGCCAUCGUCGAGUUUUUGGAGCCAACUGAGGCCAAACGAGCUUUCACAAAGCUGGCUUACAGCAAGUUCCAGCAUGUCCCACUGUAUUUGGAGUGGGCGCCUGGUGGGGUGUUUGUAGCAGCCAAACCAGAGCCAGACAAAAAGGAGGCAGUGAAAGAAGAGGAAGAGGAUGAGGACGAGGAGGAAGAAACUGUUCCAGGCUCUACACUUUUCAUUAAGAAUCUCAGUUUAAGCACAACAGAAGAGGAACUACAGGAGGUGUUCUCCAAAUGUGGCAAAGUCAAAUCCUGCAGCAUCACAAAGAAAAAAGAUAAAUCAGGUAAAUUGUUGUCAAUGGGUUACGGUUUUGUCCAGUAUCAGUCAGCAGAGGCGGCACAGAAAGCCCUGAGGCAGCUGCAGCACUGCGCUGUGGRUGAUCACCAGUUAGAGGUGAAGAUUUCUGACAGAGCCACAAGAACCACAGAGGUGUCGCGCAAAAAGAAGCAAGCUGAGAAAAAGCAAACUGGUUCCAAGAUUCUCGUGCGCAAUGUUCCCUUCCAAGCUACUGUCAGGGAAAUUCGAGAGCUCUUUUGCACGUUUGGCGAGUUGAAGACUGUUCGUCUUCCUAAGAAAACAGCUGGUUCAGGGAAGCACAGAGGCUUUGCCUUUGUUGAUUUUCUCACCAAACAGGAGGCUAAGAAAGCCUUUGCAGCUCUCUGCCACAGCACCCAUCUGUACGGGAGACGUCUUGUUUUGGAGUGGGCUGACACUGAGGACACCGUGGAGACACUGAGAAGGAAAACAGCUGAACAUUUUCAUGUGGUUGCCAAGAAGCACCGGAAAGCAGAUCUUUUGGGAGGAAUUCUGGAGACGAUGGAAACCGAUGGAGGAGUUGAAGACUAAAGACUUUUAUUGUUUCCAUGCUUUGGAAAAAAAAAUCAAAAUUACAAAACUAAUCAGUGUUUCUCUGUUUUGUAUGACUAGUACUAAUAUAACAGCAGAAGGCAAUUCAGUGUGAAUUUGUCAACAAAUGGAAUGGAUUUUUUUUUUUUAAUUUUCUGUGUUGCUUUGUUUUGUACUGGAAAACAUUGCAAAGAUAAAUUAUGUGUCAAUGAGUUUUUAUUAAAAAAUACAAUAUAGUCGUAAA